ACACCAUCAUAGAAAUAUUUCCGCAUUAAAGUAACACAGAGAAGUUUAUUCUCCUUCUGAAGUAAACGUUUGCUAAGUGAUAAAGGAUUCAUGGGGAAGAGAUCGUCUUGAUUCCAAAAAUGAGUCUUAUUGUGUGGACGUUAUUUCUCUGUGAUCUGAUGUACGGACCUGUGACUGAGGCCUGUCCUAGUGUCUGUUUCUGUUGGAGGACUACCGACUGUAAUGGGACAUAUGUAAGCUGUGGUGGUAAAGGGUUAACUGAAGUACCUACCAACAUCCCAACAGAUACAUGUGAAUUAAUUCUUUACGAAAACAAAAUCACCACGAUACAGGACAAUGCCUUCGCCGGCUUAUACAAUUUACGUAAACUGUGGUUAUAUAACAACAAGAUAACCAUUAUUCAGACCAAUGCCUUCAAUGGUUUGUCAAAUUUACAGGAACUAUAUCUUUUCGACAACAAUAUCACAACAUUACAGGACAAUGCCUUCGCCAGCUUACACAAUUUACGUAAACUGUAA